GGAAUUGGAGGCUGAAGUGUUGCAGGAAGUUGCGCAUGACGACUAGCUUGGUAUAAUGGCGCCUCUGGAUUUAGAUAAAUAUGCAGAGAUUGCGAAGCAGUGUAAAUACCUUCCAGAGAAUGACCUCAAGAGGUUAUGUGACUAUGUGUGUGACCUGCUGCUGGAGGAGUCCAACGUUCAGCCAGUUUCUACUCCUGUAACAGUAUGUGGUGACAUACAUGGACAGUUUUAUGAUCUUUGUGAACUCUUCCGAACUGGUGGCCAGGUUCCAGACACCAACUACAUAUUUAUGGGCGACUUUGUUGACCGAGGGUAUUACAGUUUGGAGACGUUCACCUACCUGCUGGUGCUGAAAGCCAAAUGGCCCGACCGCAUCACGCUUCUACGUGGAAACCAUGAGAGCAGACAGAUCACCCAAGUUUAUGGCUUUUAUGAUGAGUGCCAGACCAAGUAUGGGAAUGCAAAUGCUUGGCGUUAUUGCACCAAAGUGUUUGAUAUGUUAACAGUUGCUGCUCUGAUGGACGAGCAGAUCUUGUGUGUUCACGGAGGCCUCUCCCCAGACAUAAAAACUCUAGAUCAAAUUCGGACCAUUGAGCGGAACCAGGAAAUACCCCACAAAGGAGCAUUUUGUGAUCUGGUGUGGUCAGACCCUGAAGAUGUAGACACUUGGGCCAUCAGCCCCAGAGGAGCUGGCUGGCUCUUUGGUGCAAAGGUCACUAAUGAGUUUGUUCACAUCAACAACCUGAAGCUGAUCUGCAGGGCACAUCAACUUGUCCAUGAAGGCUACAAGUUCAUGUUCGACGAGAAGCUGGUCACAGUGUGGUCUGCUCCUAACUACUGCUAUCGCUGUGGCAACAUCGCCUCCAUUAUGGUCUUCAAAGAUGCCAACACAAGAGAGCCAAAGCUCUUCAGAGCAGUGCCUGACUCCGAAAGGGUCAUUCCACCCCGAACAACAACACCGUAUUUCCUGUAAGCACAUUUAAAUGAAAAGAACGCAGCCAUUACUUCAGUGCACGGAUACCGACUCGAAGAGCGCAUCAGCACUUGUGAACCCAUAUUAAUUUUGUAUAGUACAUUUAGAGUAUUUACAGUGCAUUUCUUGGUGCCAGUUGUCAGUUGUUAUUCCUACUCUGGCAUUUAAUGCCAUUAUUCUGCAGAUUUAGCUACAGCAAAGUUAGUUGGCUCAGCAUUAUCUCCGUGCUGUUGAAAUGCUUCGGAGGAAGGAUUAAAAUGUUCAUAUUUAUUAAUCUCCAUUUUACUUUACAAUAGAAAUUCACUCUGCUGAGCAAAUUGCAGGUGCAGCGUUAUUUACAAUGUUUCAUUUUAUUUUAUUUUUUGUUAUAGUAAUGUAUUACAGCUGGGUGUAAGAAAAUGAAGCACUGCACAAAAGCAAAAAAUUGCAUCUAUUCUGACAAAUGUCCGUGGACUUACUGUUAUUAUGUGAUCUUGUAUGAUGUAAACCUGAAAGUUAAUUUGUAAAAAUGUAUGAUACUCGCUUGUUAGAAAUUUCAGUAUUGUUAAGCCUGUGGUACCUUAAAAUAUAAACUGUAAUUGCCAGAUUUGGAAUCAGAUCUUGUAAUUAUUUUUCUGUGUGUCUCCAUACUGUUUUUAAAUAAAGAAAUCAAAACAUUUAAAAAAGUAAGACAUCAGUACCCGGUGAAAAGGACGACAUGCUUAAUCAAAAUCAAUACCUCAUUAUAUUGGAUCGUAAAUAACAUCUUCAAACGUCAGCCUGUUCAUGGCAUAACUAUAAUGAGAAAAGGUGCAUUUAAUGGGACUGCAAUCAGAUCAUGU